CAGGUUGUGCAUAACAUCGUUCAUUUGUAUGAGCAUUAGUAAUUACGAAUGAUGAAACCAGUACUGUGGACCAUUAUUUGUAUUCAAGUUGUUUUGGUUAACUGUCAAUCACUAACAGACCAAAACGGAACGACGACGCAACAAUGCGGCAAUCACACCUGCUCUUUUUGGUCGAAGUGCAAUAACGACACGCAUACAGGUGUGCUGGAGUGUGGAGCUUGCAUGGAGGGAUUCUUGCCUGUUGGCACUGACUGCAUAGACAGAGACGAGUGUACAUUUCUUGGACGUGAUCCGUGUGCUCGAUUUGGGACAGGUACCUGUGUCAACACAAUCGGGGGAUUCAACUGCCUCUGCCUAAUGGGAUGGAUUGGCCCAAGGUGUCAACUUAUGGACGAGAACGUAACAGCCUCUGACCGGACUUGCCUUCCUGGCUACGUUAACCAAGUACUCAACGACUCGUAUGGUGAAUGCAAAGAUGUUAACGAAUGCAGAAAUAGUAGCAUCAGCACGUGUGGUCUCCAUCAGCACUGCGUAAAUAUGGCAGGUAGCUAUAGAUGUGACUGUGACAGCGGGUGGCAUGGUAGCAAUUGCACAGAGGACACUGAUGAAUGUAACAACCCAAACACCUGUACUUCUCAUCAACACUGUGUCAAUAACCUUGGUAGUUUUCACUGUGAUUGUAACAGCGGUUGGGAAGGAUCUGAUUGCAACGACGACACAAAUGAAUGCAAUAGUGCGAAUGUUUGUAACUCACAUCAGCACUGUCUCAAUACGGCUGGCAGUUAUCAUUGUGAAUGUGACAAUGGCUGGACGGGAUCGGACUGUGCAACUGACAUAGAUGAAUGUGGAAAUACCAAUAAUUGUACCGGUCUCCAAAUGAGGUGCGUGAACGACCAUGGCAGUUAUCAUUGUGAAUGCAUUCCCGGCUGGGACGGAGAGAGUUGCAUAGCCGACAUAAAUGAAUGCGCAAAUACCAGUAUAUGCGAACCACACCAACGCUGUAUGAAUACCAUAGGAAGUUACAACUGCUACUGUGACAUUGGCUGGACGGACGUCAACUGCACUGAUAUUGAUGAAUGUUUCAACGCCAGCAUUUGUGGACUUCAUCAAAUAUGUGUGAAUACUGACGGUAGCUUUAGAUGUGACUGCUGCACAGGCUGGGAGGGACUCAACUGCUCUGUUGAUAUUGAUGAAUGUACACAUGCAAGCAUAUGUGGAGCUCAUCAACAUUGUUUGAAUGCUGCUGGUAGCUAUGUCUGCGAUUGUGACCUAGGCUGGGAGGGCAGCGCUUGCGCCAUUGACAUAAAUGAAUGUACCAAUACAAGUAUGUGUGAACUGCAUCAACACUGCAUGAAUACGGCCGGAAGCUUCAGAUGUGAAUGUGACCUAGGCUGGGAGGGGAGCGCUUGCACCAUUGACAUAAAUGAAUGUACCAAUACAAGUAUGUGUGGACUGCAUCAACAUUGCAUGAAUACGGCCGGAAGCUUCAGGUGUGACUGUGACCUAGGCUGGGACGGGAGCGCUUGCGCCAUUGACAUAAAUGAAUGUACCAAUACAAGUAUGUGUGGACUGCAUCAACACUGCAUGAAUACGGUCGGAAGCUUCAGAUGUGAAUGUGACUUAGGCUGGGAGGGGAGCGCUUGCGCCAAUGACAUAAAUGAAUGUACCAAUACAAGUAUGUGUGGACUGCAUCAACACUGCAUGAAUACGGCCGGAAGCUUUGGAUGUGAAUGUGACCUAGGCUGGGAGGGGAGCGCUUGCGUCAUUGACAUAAAUGAAUGUACCAAUAAAAGUAUGUGUGGACUGCAUCAACACUGCAUGAAUACGGCCGGAAGCUUCAGAUGUGACUGUGACCUAGGCUGGGAGGGGAGCGCUUGCACCAUUGACAUAAAUGAAUGUACCAAUACAAGUAUAUGUGGACUGCAUCAACACUGCAUGAAUACGGCCGGAAGCUUCAGAUGUGACUGUGACAUUGGCUGGGAGGGCGUCGACUGCAAAGAUACUGAUGAAUGCAUCAAUGCCAGCACAUGUGGGAAUAAUCAAAAUUGCGUGAAUACUGACGGAAGCUUCAGGUGUGACUGUGAAAUAGGCUGGAAGGGUGUUAGCUGCUCUAUUGACAUUGAUGAAUGUACAAAUAAGAAUAUUUGCGGACCACAACAACAUUGCGUCAAUACCGUCGGUAGCUUCAGAUGCGACUGUGACAUUGGAUGGGAGGGAGGUAACUGCUCGAUUGAUAUUGACGAAUGUACAAAUGCAAGUAACUGUGAAGAACACCAGCACUGUGUCAAUAGUAUCGGUACCUAUAUGUGCAUAGAAUAUAUCAUGGAUACAUCGACAAGGUAUACAAGUACAAACUACCAAUAUCAAUCUUUAGUUACAGCAUCAAAUGGAUUCAGACCCUCUUCUGUAGAUAACGCAAAAAAUCUCGACAGUGGCAUUAUGAAAAUCGUACAGAGAUCUGCAAAUGUGAAGGGAAAUUCAGGCGACCAGCAAGAAAUUAAACUUGAUGUUGUUCUUGGCUCAGUAUUUGGAACCGUGGCCUUCAUUUCCGGAUUUGUAGUUGCAUUGGUUGCAUUUAGAAAAUGCAGCAAGAAACACAAGGUGGAAUCUAAGGAAGAAAACGCUAACCUGUGUAUGGAAAGCAACGGCCUCCCAAGAGUAUUUAUCAUUGACAAAGAUGGACGUUUCAAAACAGCUUAAUAAAAAGCGAACUUUACAAUAUGUUAUUCUUAUAUAACGAUAACAACAUAUUUAUAUAUAUGUGCAGCGCUUUAUUACAAAGUUUCCAUACCUA